GGUUUUAUGGGUAUUAUGACGCGUCCACUGUACUGGUCUAGUUGGCGAAACAUUUAUUUUUGUUGAAGCCCACAUACCAUGACUGAACAAUCAGCACUACUUCUUCGAAAGCAAUUGGCAGAACUCAACAAGAACCCAGUGGAGGGCUUUUCAGCUGGCCUAAUAGACGAUGACGAUAUAUACAAAUGGGAGGUUGUCAUCAUAGGGCCACAAGACACCCUUUUCGAAGGAGGUUUUUUUAAAGCAUACCUGACCUUUCCCUAUGAUUAUCCUCUACGGCCUCCCAAGUUGAAGUUCAUCACUGAAAUCUGGCAUCCUAAUGUGGCAAAGAAUGGCGAUGUAUGUAUCUCAAUUCUGCAUGAGCCAGGAGAGGACAAGUUUGGCUAUGAGAAGCCAGAGGAACGUUGGCUUCCUAUCCACACUGUAGAGACGAUUAUGAUCAGUGUAAUCUCCAUGCUGGCCGACCCAAACAGUGAAUCGCCUGCUAAUGUGGAUGCUGCGAAAGAGUGGAGGGAGGAUCCAAAUGGUGAAUUCAAGAGGAAGGUGGCUUGCUGUGUACGGAAAAGCCAGGAGAUGGCAUUUGACUAGAACCCAAACUCAAUGGCUAAAGGACAUGGGUUCAGAAGGAAAAUAGUCAGUUCAGCAAAAGGCUUUAGCACCCCUUCUUUUGCCAUUCAAGGGAUUUGGUUGGUCAGARACUUUUUCAUUUUUUUUCUGAGAAGUCGUUGUUUUUCGUAAGAGGAAUGAAUGUGAGAAACCUACCAGUGAAAAUUUCCCUCCAUUUCCUAACUGGAWUUCUAAAUUUAAUUGUAUUUAUUUUGGAAAAAUAUAGAUUAGAUUUAAAGUUUAAUAGUCACAUGUACAGGGUUGCAAUGAUGUAAGAUGUCACUACUGUAAAUUAGCUUGCUUUUUUUAUCUGCUGCUGAACAGUUUUUCUACUCCGUAUCAGGUUUCUUAUGCAAUUUGUUUGUUGUGCUUGAAGAAUUUAAAACACGUGAAAGUUCUUCUCGUUAUUAGGUUCUCACCAAGUGUCCCAUCCUCACAAUCACCUUUACAUAAUGUCGGCCUGCCUGCAAAACCUUGUCAAACAUGUUUUUGUCGUUCCACAAUCAUUUGAUCCCUCUUGCCUAAUGUUAGUUCUACUCUCUCGUGGUGGUUUUUCUCUCCCUGGAGGGUUUGUGAGUGUGCUUGUUGACUGGGUCCUUUACCCAGAUAAUCACAAUGUCUGCUACCAAUCAUGUCACAGUCAAGUCUCUGAGGUCCUACUCACUCCGUUUUAAUGAAACUUUCUGAACCAACCAAAAAGUUAUGUUAAGACUGAAGCUAUGAUUAUUCAGUGGAUAUACCGGUUUGCUGGCAUCUGAAUUUACCUCAAUUUAAAAGGAUUACACAUUUGUUUUCAGGUUU